UCCAGAGGUGACGGAUUUUACUCAAGGAUGACACAAACGAACCUCUGGAAACUGCUGAUCAUUGGCUGGAUUCAACUCUCCCAACUAACACUCAGCUAUGCUCAGAAUAAUAUCAACUGGGAGACACAGAGAUAUGAUGGAUGGUAUAACAACCUUGCCUAUCAUAACCGAGGGGCAGCUGGAUCUCCUUAUAUUCGCCUGAUGCCUGCUAGAUAUGCUGAUGGGGUUUACCAGGCCUUGAGCGAGCCAGAAGUACCAAACGCACGAAUCAUCAGUAACAUAAUAUCAAAUGGAUCAUCAGGACUUCCAUCUGAUAACAAUAGCACUGUGCUGAGUGUUUUCUUUGGGUACCAUGUAAUGUCUGAGAUUCUGGAUACAAGGCACCCUGCCUGCCCCCCUGAGUUCUUCGAUGUUCCAAUUCCGCGUGGUGACUCAGUAUUUGACCCCAAUGGGACAGAAAAUGUGAGGCUACUGUUCCAACGAAGUGGAUGGGACAGCCGCUCAGGGCACAGCCCCAAUAACCCAAGGAUACAGGUCAAUGAAGUUACUGCAUGGAUUGAUGGAAGUUCCAUUUAUGGAUCUUCUCAUUCUUGGUGUGAUGAAUUACGGAGCUUCUCUGGUGGCCAACUUGCUUCUGGCUUGGACCGACUACUUCCAAAACCGAGCACCGGAAAGUUGCCUAUGUGGAAUCCUCCUGAUCCAUCUACAGGCCAGACUGGACUCCAAGGAUUUUACGAUUUUGGAAAUGCAGUAGCCAAUGAAAGCCCAUUCACCAUGGCAGAGAGUGUCAUCUGGUUCCGAUAUCACAAUUCCCUGGCUUCUGAACUUGCUGCCCAGAACCCCUCGUGGUCCGAUGAGGAUUUAUUCCAGCAUGCCAGAAAGUGGGUGAUUGCCUCAUUUCAGAGCAUUGCACUUUAUGAUUGGUUACCAAAAUACCUGGAGAAAAGAUUACCUGACUAUACGGGGUACAAGAAGUUUGUUGAUCCUGGCAUUUCACCUGAAUUUCAGACGGCUGCCAUUAGGUUUGGUGCCAGCAUGAUACCCCCAGGAGUUUACAUGAGAAACAGAGAAUGCGUGUUCCGCAAUGUCACCACUAUCAACAACAUGGAGUCUCCAGCGCUUCGGGUGUGCAACAACUUCUGGAGCAGAGAGAAGCCAAAUCUCCCGACAGGAGACCAUGUCGAGGAGCUUAUUUUUGGGAUGGCAUCUCAAAUCGCCGAGAAAGAAGAUAACAUUAUUGUGGAGGAUUUGAGAGACUACAUGUAUGGACCGCUGAAGUUCUCUCGAUCGGAUCUGAUGGCUCUCACCAUCCAUCGCAGCCGGGAUCACGGUCUUCCAACAUUUAAUACUGCAAGACAGGCCUUUCAGCUUCCACCAAUUAGCAGCUGGAGUGAAAUUAAACUCAACUUCGUGAACGAGAAACGGGAGCUCUUUGAUAAGUUGGCUGAGCAAUAUGACGACAUAGCUGAACUCGAGCUGUGGCCUGGAGGACUCUUGGAAAGCAAUGGUACGCCGGGAGAUCUCUUCACUGAGAUCAUGAUUGAACAGUUCCAACGGAUACGAGAUGGAGACAGAUACUGGUUUGAAAAUCAGCAGAAUGGAUUAUUCACACCGGAGGAAAUCAUUAACAUUCGAAAAAUGACUUUUUUUGAUGUCCUUGUGAAAGCCCUGACCACAAACACAAGGGAAAUUCAGAAGGAUGUGUUCACCUGGAAAGCUGGUGAUCCGUGUCCCCAGCCUAAACAGUUGACCGUCGAUGACUUGGAGCCUUGUACUGGUCCGACCAAUUUAAACUAUUUUGAGGGAAGCGGCGCUGGCUUUGGGAUCAUUAUCGUUAUCCUCUGCUGUUUACCACUAAUCUGUGUGAUUCCUGCGUAUGCUGUAGCUUCUUACAGUAAAGCACAGUUUAAGAAGCUCCAAAGAAGAAAUAGGCGAGAGUCUGUAACAAGGAAACCCGAACUGAGAGCGGGAAUGAAAGCCUCUGAAUGGCAAGGACCCAAUGAGCCGCUCCGACCAGUCAAUCUUUGCCUCGAUGCCAAAACGUGCAUCAAGGUCCUGGAUGGUAAACGGUCACCUGUCCGCAUCAUUAAUCUCACUAAGGACAUGGAUGUUAUCAAAUCAAACAAUGAUCAGGGGGUCUUGCUGCUUAAGGUUCCCAAGGAGUAUGAUCUGGUAUUGUUCUUUGAUACAGAAGAGGAUCGCCAUGAUUUCAUUGAACAGCUGAGAGUGCACCUAGAGGGCAAUGGGACACGAUUGUGCCUGACGGAAAUGAAUCAGAAAACAAUCUUAAAAGAAGCAGUUACUAAACAGCAACGAAGCAAGAUCUUGGAUACCUUUUUCCGACGAGUGUUUGCACAGGUUCUGGAAAUUGACAGAUCUGAUGCUGGGGAUUUCAACACAGAAAUUUCACGGAAGACAAAAGAGUCCCUGAAUUGUGAGCUGACCCGUGUGGAAUUUGCUGAUGCACUGGGAUUAAAGUAUGAUUCCAUGUUUGUGGAGCAGAUGUUUUUGCUGGCAGACAAGGAUGGGAAUGGUUACUUGUCCUUCCGAGAAUUCCUUGAUAUUAUAAUCAUAUUCAUGAAAGGAUCGUCUGAAGAGAAGUCAAAGCUCAUGUUCCAGAUGUAUGAUGUGGAUGGAAAUGGAUUUCUGUCGAAAGAGGAAUUCUCUAUAUUGUUAAGGUCCUUUAUUGAGAUCUCCAAUAAUUGCUUAUCAAAGGCGCAGGCAGAAGAGGUCAUGGAUUCACUCUUCAAGGAGGCAGGAUUCCAGGACAAGGAAGACUUAACCUGGGAGAAUUUUCAUUACUUAUUCCGAGAUCAUGGCAAUGACUUGGAGCUUGCUCAGCUCAAUGUGAAAGGCAUGGAUAUCCCAGAGAAAUCAAACAAGCAGCACAGAGUCUCUUUCCUCAAAGCAAACCCAUACAAGACCAUGCAUGAAUCUGCUGUGGAACAAGUUGGACAAGAGUUUCGAUAUCGAGACAGACUGAAUAAGAAAUCUCCUCACCACCGCCCUAGACCCUACACAGAAGCAAAACGGGAGAAGUAUAACCGGAGCAAAGUGCACCAGAAAGUUCAACAGUUCAAACGCUUCAUUGAGAACUAUCGGCGGCACAUAGUUUGUGUUAUGAUCUGUUAUGGUAUAGCAGCCGGUGUGUUUGUGGAACGAGCCUAUCACUAUGCAAUUGGCGCAGAGACCACUGGAAUCCCACAAAAUACGUAUGUCGGCAUUAUCGUAUCCCGUGGAUCAGCAGCCACUAUCUCCUUCAUGUAUGCCUACAUCCUCCUUACGAUGUGUCGCAAUCUCAUCACGUUCCUGCGUGAAACCUUCCUCAACCGUUACAUUCCUUUCGACGCUGCUGUGGACUUCCAUCGUUGGGUUGCAAUGUCAGCUGCCGUACUUUCAAUUUUUCACAGUGCUGGACAUGGAGUGAAUGUCUACUCGUUCUGUGUCAGUUCCCUCAGCAGCCUUGCCUGCCUAUUCCCCAGUGUGUUCAUCGAUGAUGGAUCAGAACUUCCUCAGAAAUAUUACUGGUGGUUUUUUGAGACCAUUCCAGGGAUGAGCGGAAUUCUACUUCUUGUCGUCAUAGCAAUUAUGUACGUCUUUGCGUCCCGCAAGUUCCGUCGCAUGAGCUUCCGAGCCUUCUGGGUGACUCACCACCUUUAUGUUGUCCUGUACAUUCUGGUUCUCAUACACGGGAGCUCGAAUCUGAUUCAGCGACAGAGUUUCUACCUGUACUUCAUUGUGCCUGGACUCAUCUACCUUGGUGACAAGCUCAUCAGCCUCAGCAGGAAGAAGAAGGAAGUUGCAGUCGUCAAGGCUGAACUGCUGCCCUCAGAUGUUACUUUUCUUGAAUUUAAACGUCCCCCGGACUUUGAGUAUAAGUCUGGUCAAUGGGUCCGCAUCGCGUGUCUAUCACUGGGAUCCAAUGAGUACCAUCCCUUCACCUUGACGUCAGCGCCGAAUGAGGACACCCUCAGUCUCCAUAUCCGAGCUGUGGGACCCUGGACAACAAAGUUACGAGAAACAUACUCGCCAGAGAAUGUCGGAAAACUCGGUGGCAAUCCAAAGAUAUAUCUGGAUGGGCCUUUUGGUGAGGGGCACCAAGAAUGGAACCAAUUUGAGGUGUCAGUUCUGGUAGGGGGAGGCAUUGGUGUAACACCAUUUUCAUCAAUUCUCAAAGACCUUGUCUUCAAGUCAUCAGUCUUCAGCAAGAUAGCUUGCAAAAAGGUGUACUUCAUCUGGGUGACUCGGACACAGCGACAGUUCGAAUGGAUGGCAGACAUAAUUCGUGAGGUUGAAGAGAACGAUAAAAAUGAUCUGGUUUCUGUCCACACUUAUAUUACCCAGCUAGCUGAAAAGUUUGAUCUAAGAACCACCAUGCUUUAUAUCUGUGAACGUCACUUUCAGAAAGUGUCAAACCGGAGCCUAUUCACAGGUCUUCGUUCUAUCACUCAUUUUGGAAGACCCCAGUUUGUUCAAUUCUUUAAUUCCCUGCAGGAGGUUCACCCAGAGGUGGGAAAAAUUGGAGUUUUCAGCUGUGGACCACCAGGCCUGACCAAAAAUGUAGAAAAAGCUUGUCAACAGAUCAACAAGCGAGACCAGGCGCACUUCCUCCAUCACUAUGAGAACUUCUGAGCCACCAGCUCUCUGACCAAAGGAAAUGAUAUGAAGAAAGAUAGUAAUUUAUCUUCGCCAAAUCUAAUCACGGGACGUUUAAAAGCUAAUUUCCACAUUGUACGUUGGGUUCCUCACGCUCCUACCUCUCCUUCAUGUAUUCUCUUUGUCCACAAGACGACUUUAAAAGCAAUCUAAAACCCGAGCCUCUGAAUUGUAUAAGACCAUAAGAC